AGCACCCACCUCCUUUUUCUCUUCUUCGCCACUUUCGUCUUCGGCUACUUCGGAUACUCCACAUCCACAUCCACACACACACGCACACACCGCCAAAUAAAACACACGCUGCCUUCCUCUGCAUUGUCGAGGACAGUAAUAACUUCUACUACUUCAAUUUUUACUCCCUUUCCUCUUCAUAGUGAUUGCUUGCUCUUUUUAUCGGAGUUGUUGUUGCUUGAACCUUGCAUUGCGACCGUCACCGUCCUGCUUAGAAUACACCGUGCUGCACCCACCACCACCACCACCAUCCGUGUUCUUGAAGGAAAGGAUGACCGCCUUCUCUGCAGCCUCGCGGAUCGCCGCCGUAGCCGCGGUACUCCUCCUCGCCGUUGCCGCCCUCGCCUCCGCCGCAACGGACGGGCAGACGUGUGCGGCCUCUACAGAGAACCCGCUCGCCAACCUCAACUACACCGACCCGAACGUGCAACAGUGCGUGCGAGUGCGCUGCAUCGCCUCGACCGGCCUCGCGCCGACCACCUUCGCCAACGGCUACUGCAACGGCAACGCAGCCGCGGAGUCUGCCGUAGCGUGCCUGCGGCUUUACCGGGCGUACAACGAGUACUACAGCUGCGUGAUGCGGGCGCUGGCGGGGUCGACAGGGGCCGGACCGGACGCGCUCGUCGCGCAGGUGAACGUCUUCAUGAACACUCCGGGCUACCCUUACCACCUCUCCCCGCUCGGCUGCUACGCGUGCAAUCACUUCCGCGAGACGGUCCACGCCGCGAUCGGUACGACGUGCAACAACUGGACCUGCGACGCCGUCUCCUCGCAAAGCGCGGCGGCGAGCUGGUACGGCCAGCCGGGCAAGGGCUACAACCACCAGCUGUGCGGCACCGGCUGCAUCGCGGUGAUGAUGCUGACCAUUCCCUUUGCGAUCGUCUCCGCCUCGAUGAUCAUCGCGUGCAGCUGCUGCUGGCCGUCGCCGUCGCUCAAGACGACCUACGCGGAGGUGAUGAAGGAGGAAGAGGAGGAGAAGCACCGCGUCCGGUCCGACGACGAGGAAGAAGAGGAGGACGAGGAAGACAGCGAUGCGGACCGUGCCAACCGUGAGCCGGUGGAGGGCGACAACACGAACGGGCCGCAUGAGCCGGUGGUGGCAGACAACAACGUCAACCAUCCCGACGAGGAGGAGGAGGCGCACCCCGAUGAGUACGUCAACCUCCGCUAA